AUGGUCACCGCGGUACACCCUUCUCCAAUUUCAAUUAUGGGCACGGACAACGCCCCUGACGAAAUUAUCUUGACGCGUCCCAGUUCGCCAGAAAGUGGACCCUCUACUACUGCAACUCUCCUCGACGUACCCAUCAGUCCUGUGAAGACUCUUUCUAUCAAAACCUUUCCUGACGCCUGCAAAUCUGCGUCGACCCUACUCUCCCCCACAGACUCGUUCUACGUUAGUAUUAUUACUUUCCCAGUCAUGUCCAUCGAGUAUAUUCAACACCAAUACUACCAGGUGGAUUUUCAUUCCGGAGAGCCGAAGAAUCCAGUCAACUACUCAUGGCUGCGAAAAUGGUGUAUCACUUUAGUCGUCUCUCCUGCGACUCUAUCAUUUGUCAUGGGCUUUUACGCUCCAUGUUCUAGACGCGGCCUACCGGUGGCCGUGUUCUUCCUGGUGGCCAUAGUUACCACUGGUCUAGGGUCUAUCAUCUCUGGUUGGCUGGAGCUCGACCCUCAUCUUCAGUGGGAGAUGGAUCCAGAGAAUUCAAGCGAUAUUUGGGUCUUUUUCAUGUCCGGCGUCCUCUGCGUCCAGCCCGGAUCCGUGUCCGCAGUUUUCAAGAACCUAUAUCACUUCAACGUGGCAGAGUGGAUUAGUGCUCAUUACCGUCAUGAUGCAAUGCACCGGAAAUACGUCUCUCAGAGAGGCCCUGAAGCAAGGCCAUGCACCGCUUGUGUAGUUGCACUCUUGCUGCCUACCUCGAUGUUCAUCUAUGCAUGGACGGCAGAUCCUCGCAUCUUCUGGAUGUGGCCUGUUGUCGGCUUAACAGACCGGAAGCGCUCAUCAAACGACUUGCAAGUACCUUGUAGCACCUCCCCACAGUCUGCGUUCAACAUAAUCUCCCCGCAUAGCUACGGUCCAAUUGCGUCGUCUGCUUUUGCAAGUCAAGGCUUAGCUCGUAACUUUGGUAGCUUUGGAUUCCCUCUAUUCUCUCAGACGAUGUUCGACAAGCUCACGUACAAAUGGGCCAACACUAUUUUCGGAGGCGUCGCUGUCAUUCUGAUUCCAGUUCCUUUCGUUGAAGAAAAACUAGGAAUUGAGAGCCGGGAUGGCGGCCCUUAA